GCGUUAUCAUUCGUUUUGAAUACAAAACUUCAAUUAACACUGAUGGAGAUGUAGCAUCAGAAAUUUAUCAAAAACAACAAUGUCUAGUCAUGGGUUUCACACCCAUAAAUGCGAUCUGGAUUUUUUUUUUUUUAUACUAUGAACAGAGAUGGGCAGGCGGAAGAAAAGGACAAAGACAGCUCAAUUAGAAAUGGAAGAAGGGAAGAUGAUGACAGCUCAAUGGGGGAAGGAGGAGGAGGGGAAGACUACAGCCAAAGAAGAGGAGGAGGAAGAUAGGAGUAUUAUAAUCCAAGAAAAAGAGCAGAAGGAGGGGGAGAAGAAAACUACCACUCAAGAAGAAGAAGAGGACGAGGUGGAGAAGACUGCAGCCAAAGAAGAAGAAGAAGAGGAGGAGGAAGAUGGGAGUAUUAUAACCCGAGGAAAGGGGCAGGAGGGGGAGAAGAAAACUACAACUCAAGAAGAAGAGGACGAGAUGGAGGAUGGAGAGCUCUCAACUCAAAAAGAAGAAAAGCGUAAAAAGCUAACCCUUAAAGGGGUGGCAAAGACUUCCUCUUCCUUGGACAAAAAGUGUGUCCCAGGAAUUCUGUACCUGGGUCACAUCCCUCCAAGGUUCAGGCCCAAACAUAUGAGAAAUCUUUUGUCUGUUUACGGCGAGAUUGGACGAAUCUUUCUGCAACCUGAAGACGGCCAGGUGAAGGCGAAGAAGAAGCGAUCAGGCUCCAGGAGGAGCGAUUUCACCGAGGGCUGGGUGGAGUUCCGUGACAAGCGCGUGGCUAAGCGCGUGGCGGCGUCUCUUCACAACACGCCCAUGGCGACGCGGAAACGCCAGACCUUCGUGUCCGACCUCUGGUGCAUCAAGUACCUGCACAGGUUCCAGUGGACGCACCUGAGCGAGCGUCUGGCGUACGAGCAGAUGGUUCUUCAUCAGCGCCUCCGCACCGAAGUGUCGCAGGCCAAGCGCGAAACCAACUUCUACAUGGACAACGUGGACAAGAGUGCUCGCAUGGACAAAGAGAGCAAGAAGGGCAAGCGGAAGAAGAUGGACGCCCAGCAGCACGCCGAAGAGCGAACGUGGGACUUCACACAACGCCAGACAGAGGAGGAGAUCCAAGCGAAGAAGAAGAAAAAGACAAUGAUGACGAUGAUGGACUCUCGGAGCCGGAAGCCACAAGAGAAGGACCACCUCCACCACCUCAAGAGCCAAUCAAACGUCUCUUUGUUGGCCAAAAUUUUUAACUCCCAACAAACUUAGUAGCUGGCGAAGAAACAAUGGUGUGACACAAAAUACAUAGUCCACUUAUUUUUUUCAUCCCCAAUGAUUAUGUGUAAAAUUUUGUGUGGAGAGUGGCGAGGUCGCUAACAUGCUUUAAUAUGGGUAUCAAAGGUAUGGAGUAAAUGCUGAAACUGCUUGCCACAUGGCUGGAGUGGUAGUAACACACAAACUAGCCAAUAUAGUUGACCCCGACAUAUUCCACUGCAAAGCCUACCGGUGCAGUCGCUACUAUGCUAAUUAGAUAACAUAGCCUAAUAGACCUCUUCAUAAUUUAAAAAAAAUCAGAGCCAGGAUAUUUCCAGGUGGCAGAAAAGUGAGCAACUUGAAUUAAAAACAAUCGCAAAAAACCUGCAGCGACCGAUAUCCACAAGGGGUUUCACCCAACUCACACACGCACGCAUUACACAAUUUCAGUUUUUAAAUAUUCAUAAUUCAGCGGAACAUAUGGAUUUGGAGGAUAAAGCACGAGGAUGUCGUGAAUUGGUGUAUAAAGAAGAUCG